AUGCUGACUUGGAUAGGGCUGAAAGGUGUCAUGAUCAGCAAUGCUCCGGGGACAGCCAACACUCCACGCGCUCACAUCACGAACAUGGCUGCACUAGAGUGUCUCCGAGACAUCGGGCUCGACAAAGACCUCGAGAAUCUCUCGUCGAAAGGGGACUGCAUGAUUCAUACCCGAUGGUGCCAUAGUAUGGCUGGAGAAGAAUACGCUCGGAUUUACUCGUGGGGCAAUGAUCCUGCAAGAAAGGGAGAUUAUGAAAGCGCCAGUCCAUGCUCACCAGUAGAUCUACCCCAGACACUUCUGGAGCCAGUGCUCGUGCGCCACGCCACCCUUGGAGGUUUCAAGACGAGGUUCGAUACGACGUUACUCUCCUUUGAGACUGACCCUGCAAGCGGCCUGAUCACUGCUAACGUGCGGGAUAAUCUCUCUUCCUUGGAAUAUCAAAUCCGAACCAAAUACCUCUUGGGGGCUGACGGAGCACGCAGCCAAGUGGUGAAACAACUCGACCUUCCACUCUCGGUCAAACCAGGUCAAGGUAUGGCAAUCAAUGUGUUGGUCAAAGCGGAUCUAUCCCACUUGGUCAAGCAUCGACGAGGAAACUUGCAUUGGGUCAUGCAGCCUGACAAGAAGCAUCCUGAGUUCGGCCAGAUGGGGAUUGUACGCAUGGUCAAGCCAUGGAAUGAGUGGAUGUUUAUCUUACUACCGACUCGAGACUGUGACCCUCAGAUCUCACCCUCCAAGGAGGAAUACCUCCAGAGAGUGAGGGAUUUUAUCGGUGACGAGACCCCCACCGAGAUUAUUGACAUCUCCAAAUGGUUCAUCAACGAGAUUGUUGCAGUCAAAUACUCUGAGGGAAACGUGUUCUGUCUCGGAGACGCAGUCCACCGUCACCCUCCCUUCAAUGGGCUAGGUUCCAACACAUGUAUUCAAGAUGCGUUCAAUCUAGCCUGGAAGCUUGCGUACGUCCAUCGCGGCCUCGCCGAUCCUUCAUUGCUCUCAACCUAUAGUAUCGAGAGACAACCUGUCGGCCAUCAGAUCAUCACGCGGGCGAACAACGGGUUUCGUGACCAUUUCAAGAUCUGGGAGGCGCUGGGGGCGCUCCAUCCAGAUGUGGAGGGUCGGAAGGCCAUCCUCAACGAACUAAGUGCUCCCACCACAACUGGGAGUGAACGCCGGCGUCAGCUGCAGGAUGCCAUCACGAACUCAUGCCACGAAUUUCACGGGCUCGGUGUGGAAAUGAACCAAACAUAUAGCGGUCCGGGCGUGUACGCCGCGGAUGAAGCGGAGCCCUUUAGGCAUUCCGGGCGCGCCGCCGAAGAUCCCAUCCUCUACUACGAAAAGAGUACUUAUCCUGGAUGUCGUCUGCCACACGUGUGGCUCAAUAAAACAAUCCCAACGGAACCCGUGUCGACCGUCGAUCUCGCCGGGCAUGGUGGAUUCACUCUUUUCACGGGCCCUGGAGGAGAGCACUGGUACGAAGCUGCCAAAUGUGUCUCUGAUAAGCUCGGAAUUCCCAUUGCGGUGCAUUCCAUUGGAUUUCGACAACAAUGGGAGGACGUCUAUUAUGACUGGGAGCGGGUGCGCGGUGUUGGAGAUUCAGGGGUUGUCUUGGUUCGACCUGAUCGCUUCGUUGCUUGGAGAGCUCCAGCCGUCCUCGAAGGUCAAGAUGCAUGUGAGCGAAAACUCUCAGACGUGUUGGUUUCAAUACUUGGCCGCAAUGCUGCCUGA